UGUUCACAACCUGUUAUCUCCUCUACCUUGUAACCUUCUCCACCCAAACUCAUCCUACCCCAUUGCCCAAAACAUCUUCAUUUUCCCAAGGAAAAAUUUCCUUGUAUUCAAAAUCCUAAAUCUAAUUUUAUUUUGUUUUUCUCUUUAUUUGUAAUAUAUAGAUCAUACAUAGAUUCUUAAACAAAUAAUUAUGGGGCGAAGUAAGCUUCCGAUUAAGAAAAUAGAGAACGUCACCAAUAGACAGGUUACGUUCUCCAAACGCAGAUAUGGCCUCAUUAAGAAAGCUUAUGAAAUUGCAGUUUUGUGUGACAUUGAUUUAGCUUUAAUUAUGUUCUCUCCCUCUGGUCGCCUUAGCCAUUUCUCCGGUAGGAAAAGAGUCGAAGAUGUGAUUUAUCGAUAUAUUAAUCUCUCUGAGCAUGAUAGAGGAGGGAUUAUCCAGAAUAGAGAGUAUAUAAUCAACACCAUAAUGAAAAUCAAAACUGAAAAGGACGUUGAAAUACAAAGUCCUGCUGCUCCUGGCUCUAAUUCAGAGGAAAUUCAACAAGAAAUUUCUGACUUGCAACAUCAACUUGAGAGUGCUCAAGAACUACUUAGAGUUUUUGAACCGGACUCCGAAAGAUUUACAUCGUUAAGCGAAUUUCAAUCAUGUGAAGCACGACUUUUGGAAGCAUUGCGCCGUGUCACACAAAGAAAGAGAAACCUGGUGAACAAGGUAGAGCAGCAAUCAAGUUAUCAAGACACCAUACAACAAAUAAAUACAGUGGUCCAAUACAUCAGCGAAGCAAACCCACAGGGAGUAAGUACCUCACUUGAUGAUCCUGCCAUUGAAUUAAACUAUGGGAAUCAUAUGAAUACUGGCUCUGAUGCAUCUUCUGCUGCUCUAAGGGACCAGUCAUCGCCAACUAUGUAUGAAUCUGUGUCCCAAACAAGUAUAAAUGAGAAUUUGCAGAAUGCAGAAGGUCGUCAAAAUGGCAACCCCAUUAGUGGUGACAGCUUUCAACAAAUGCAUCUCUCCAAAGAUUUCUUUAAUGCUCUAUUGCCUCCAGAAACCUCAGGUUAUUUGGACAAGGUUGAAAUGGGGAGUCUAAGAGAAACGCCCGUUGCAUUAAAUCAGCAAUUUUCCAUUUCAUCGAAGUCUAGCCACCAUCUGCCAUCAAGUGAACUUCAUUUAUAAGCCAGAGUUAAUGCCAAAAGAAUAGUUUGCAGUACCUUCAUCGUUAUACAAUCUCUAUAGUUAGCGGUUAAUUUGAAACAUAAACUUAUUUUAUUUGAUAUUUAAUAUACAGUUC